AAAAAAAAAAAAAAAAAAACUUUUAUUACAUGUAUUUAUUAAUUUGUGUAUGAGUGUGUAUUGGAGGUGGGGGCUGUGCCACACAGCAUACUUGUGAAGGUCAGGGUACAGCUUUCAGGAAUCGGCCUCCUUCCAUCCUCUGGGUCCCAGGGACUGAACUCAGAUUGUCAGACGCUGUCGCAAAAGUCUUUCCGGGUUAAACCCAACACUCUAGUUCUUUUGACUCUACAGUGCCAAGUGGUGUCGUUUCCAAACCUUUGUGACUCUUUCCUGCACUAAAGGAAAGGAAGUGUCUGUUCCUCGGGCUGGGCUUCCUCACGGGCACCCACCUUUUGCACACCCGUCUCAUCCUAGCCUCUCAUCCGGUUACCCAGUUUGUAAUUCUGGAAGCGGAGGCCUCUCAUCUGAGUCUUCCCUGCCUCUUCCUCCCCUGAAGCACCACUUUAGGAUCGCACCCAUUCUGGUGUCUCUUUAAACUGUUCACUGUUUGCUCAACCUUUGUUUGUCGAGCUCUGUUGUCAGUGUGUCCAGUUACAGAACGUUUCCAUCAGUCUAAGAAGCUCCGGUCCUCUGUGCUUGCAAUCCAUCCGGCUUCCGACGCCAGUUCUGAGCGAUCACCGAUCCGCUCUCUACAAACUUUUCUGGGUAUUUCACGUAAAUGGAACCAUACAGCAUGUGGCUUUUGCUAUGGUUUCUUUUGCAAGAAAGAACAAGCUUCCCUCCAGUGGUGUACCAGGAGUUCCUUUUUACUGAUGAGUAAUAUUUCAUUCCACGUGUAGACAGAGCACAGUUACGAUUUAUUGCCAUUAAUUUGGGUUUCUUCGGUUUCCGUCUGUUUUGAACAAUGCUGCUGCUAUAAAUGUGGAUGUCUUUUUGUGGACGUGUGCCAUCAUUUCUCUUUGGUAGAUUCCUAGGGGUAGAAAUACUGGGCUGCCUGGGAAACUUAUAUUUACCUCUUUAUGGAGUUGCCUACCUGUUUUGGUUUUUCUCGAGCGGCUGUGUCAUCUUACACUACCAACAGCAAUAGCGCACACAGGGAUUUCUUUCUUCAUAGCUGUUACACACAUUGCUUUCCCAUCUCGUUGAUGAUACCUAUUCUAUUAGGGAAUGCUACUGGCCAUCUUUUCAGGUAGCCAUUACCCAUUCAUACAUAUUACUUGAAAGAGAAACAUUCAUUCUGUGUUUCUUUUUCUUUCUUUCUUUUUUUAUUUUUUCUCUUUCUUUCUUUCUUUCUUCCUUCCUUCCUUCCCUUCUUUCUUUCUUUCUUUUUUUUAAAGAUUUAUGCCAGGCGGUGGUGGCUCAUGCCUGUAAUCCCAGCACUCGGGAGGCAGAGGCAGGUGGAUCUCUGUGAGUUUGUCUACAGAGCUAGUCCAGGACAGGCUCCAAAGCUACCGAGAAACCCUGUCUGGAAAAACCAAACCAAAAACCAAACCAAACCAAACAGAUUUAUUUAUUUAUUAUGUACACAGAAGAGGGCGCCAGAUCUCAUUACAGAUGGUUGUGAGCCACCAUGUGGGUGCUGGGAAUUGAACCCAGGACCUCUGGAAGAGCAGUCAGUGCUCUUAACCUCUGAGCCAUCUCUGCAGCCCUAUUUUUGAUUUUUCAAGACAAGGUUUCUCUGUGUAGCCCUGGCUGUCCUGGAACUCACUCUGUAGACCAGGCUGGCUUCGAACUGAGAGAUCUACUGGCUUCUGCUUCCUGAAUGCUGGCAUUAAAGACCUGUGCCACCACUGCUUGGCCAAUUUUGUUUUGUUUUUGAGAUGGGUCUUACUGUGUAGCUCUGGCUGGCCUGGAACUCAGAGAUACACCUGCCUCUGCCUUUUGAGAACUAGGAUUAAAGGCAUGUACCACGAUGCUCAGUUUAUAGCCCAGUUUUAAUUGGGUUACUUAUGUCUUUAUUAUUGGUAUUUAAGAGUUCUUUAUAACUGAGGGAUGGUGGCACAGGCCUUUAAUUCCACCACUCAAGAGGCAGAGGCAGGCAGAUCUCUGUGAGUUAGAGGCCAGCCUGGUCUACAAAGAGAGUCCAGGACAGCCAGGUCUGUUACACAGAGAACCCCUGUCUUGAAAAAUCAAAAACAAAACAAAAAAGUUCUUUAUGUAGUCUACAUACAGUAUCUAUAAUGAAAUAAAUGAAAUAGAUAAUUUACAAGUAUUUUUCCUUGGUUUUUGCAACAUAUACAUUCUAAAUGAAUACAUUCAAUUAAUUUUUUUCUUUAAAAAAUCUUUUGCAAGCCCAGUGGUGGCAUAAGACUUUAUCUUACUUGAGAGGCAGAGGCAGGCAGAUCUCUGAGUUCAAGGGCAGCCUGGUCUACAGAGAGAAUUCCAGGACAGCCAGGGGUACACAGAAAUUCUGUUCCAAAAACCAAAAUAAAUAAAUAAAUAUCCUUUGCCUAACCCAAGGUUACAGAUUUCCUUCAUUUUUUUUGUUUUUGUUUUUGUUUUUGUUUUUGUUUUUCGAGACAGGGUUUCUCUGUGUAGCUUUGCGCCUUUCCUGGGACUCACUUGGUAGUCCAGGCUGGCCUCGAACUCACAGAGAUCCGCCUGGCUCUGCCUCCUGAGUGCUGGGAUUAAAGGCGUGCGCCACCACCGCCCGGAUGUUUUUGAUGUUUUAUUGUGACUUUAUCUAAAAUUUUAUAGGUUCAGUUCUGAUAUUUAGGCUUAUGGUCUAUUUUUUCUGGUUUCCUUGUUUAUGUUUUUGAAAUAGGGUCUCUCUACAUAGCUUGGCUGUCCUGGAACUCACUAUGUAGACCAGGCCAGCCUUGAACUCAUAGAGAUCCACUUGCUUUUGCCUCCUGAGUGCUGGAAUUAAAGGCAUACACCACCGUGCGUGGCUAUGAUUUUUUAAUGAUUAUUUUUAUUUAUGUGUGUGUUUAUAUCUGUACAAGUACAUGUGUAUACAGGUGCCUGUGGGAACCAGAAGAAGGCAUCAGAUCUCCUGGAGCCGGUUACAGGCAGUUGUGAACCUUUGAAUGUCCACUUCCUCUGGAUGGAAUCCUGGGGCAGGAGAGAAAUGGAUCAGAGGCUAAGAGCACGUGAUGACCUUCCAGAGGACCCAAACUGCCUGCCUGCCUGUGGUUCGGCUGGAGGAGACCUGCAGGAACCCACGAAGCUGGGAGGUGGCCCGCAGCUGCCUUUGAUCUCGGUCUCUCAGCCCCUCUUCCAGAUCCCCCGAUGUUUGCUGAGGGCUGAACCAGAAAGCUGGAGUUACUGCUGGAACAGGGAUCUCUUGCACCCGGGCCACAACGGUCGCCAGAUCACCGUGGCCCCUCCCACUAGGCCACCUUGCCACUCUUAGAUUUGAAACGGGGCAGCCUGCUCUUUUUGACUCUUCCCCGCCUCUGCCCAGGCACCUGCUCUCUCCCCUGGCACCUGCUGCCCAGUAGGAAGGGCAAGAGCAAUCCCAGGCAGUGCAUUGUGAGGAGUCUCCACCCCUCCUCCAGCGCUUCCUUCUCCAGGGCGCCUCUCAGGCCCCGCCCUCACCUGCCCAAGAUAAUUUUAGUUUUCCUGAGCCUGGAAUCUGGAUACGCAGGGUUCUCUCCAUAUUCUCCCGCCUCAACAUCCAAAGGCGCGAUACCCUCCUAACCACCUGUAGAGAAGAGAGAGUGGAUUUGAACUCAAAUCCAAGUGUUUGGGAUCCCUAGACAGAGCCUGACUUUGGGCCCGGUGUCCGGCUCCUUCUGCUGGAGUUCCUCCAGGUGCCAUGGAACUGGAUCUGAGCCCGCCUCAUCUCAGCAGCUCCCCGGAAGAUGUGUGCCCAGCUCCUGGGACCCCUCCCGAGACUCCUCCACCCCCUGAUAACCCUCCAUCAGGGGAUGUGAAGCGGUCCCAGCCUCUGCCCAUCCCAAGCAGCAGGAAACUUCGAGAAGAGGAGCUUCAGGCGACCUCUCUACCCUCCAUCCCCAACCCCUUCCCUGAGCUCUGCAGCCCACCUUCACAGAAACACAUUCUUGGGGGUUCCUCCGGUGCAAGGGGGUUGCUUCCUCGAGAUUGCGGCCGCCUUCACGUGGUGAAGGUGUACAGCGAGGAUGGGGCCUGCCGGUCUGUGGAGGUGGCAGCGGGUGCCACAGCUCGCCAUGUGUGUGAAAUGCUGGUGCAGCGAGCUCACGCCCUGAGUGAUGAGUACUGGGGCCUGGUGGAGUGUCACCCCUAUUUAGCACUGGAGCGGGGUGUGGAGGACCAUGAGUUCGUGGUGGAGGUGCAGGAGGCCUGGCCUGUUGGUGGAGAUAGUCGCUUUGUCUUCCGCAAAAACUUCGCCAAGUAUGAACUGUUCAAGAGCCCCCCACAUACCCUGUUCCCAGAAAAGAUGGUCUCCAGUUGUCUGGAUGCACAAACAGGCGUAUCCCAUGAAGACCUCAUCCAGAACUUCCUGAAUGCUGGCAGCUUCCCCGAGAUCCAGGGCUUCCUGCAGCUUCGGGGAUCCGGCCGGGGGUCAGGCCGAAAGCUGUGGAAACGAUUCUUCUGCUUUCUGCGUCGAUCUGGUCUCUAUUACUCCACCAAGGGCACCUCCAAGGACCCGAGGCACCUACAGUAUGUGGCGGAUGUGAAUGAGUCUAAUGCGUAUGUGGUGACCCAGGGCCGCAAGCUCUAUGGGAUGCCCACAGAUUUCGGCUUCUGUGUCAAGCCCAACAAGCUUCGAAAUGGCCACAAGGGGCUCCACGUCUUCUGCAGUGAGGAUGAGCAGAGCCGUACCUGCUGGCUGGCUGCCUUCCGUCUCUUCAAGUAUGGGGUGCAGUUAUAUAAGAAUUACCAGCAGACUCAAUCUCGUCAAUUGCGCCUAUCCUACUUGGGGUCUCCGCCCUUGAGGAGCGUUUCAGAUAAUACCCUAGUGGCCAUGGACUUCUCUGGCCAGGCUGGGCGUGUCAUUGAGAACCCCCGGGAAGCUCUGAGUGCUGCCAUGGAGGAGGCCCAGGCCUGGAGGAAGAAGACAAACCACCGUCUGAGCCUGCCCACCCCAUCCUCUGGCUCCAGCCUUAGCGCAGCCAUCCACCGUACCCAGCCCUGGUUCCACGGACGCAUUUCCCGGGAGGAGAGCCAGCGGCUAAUUGGACAGCAGGGACUGGUGGACGGUGUGUUCCUGGUCCGGGAGAGUCAGCGCAACCCACAGGGCUUUGUCCUUUCCUUAUGCCACCUGCAGAAAGUCAAGCAUUACCUCAUUCUACCGAGCGAAGACGAGGGCUGCCUCUACUUCAGCAUGGACGACGGCCAGACCCGAUUCACAGACCUGCUGCAGCUGGUGGAAUUCCACCAGCUGAACCGAGGCAUCCUGCCCUGUGUGCUACGCCACUGCUGUGCCCGUGUGGCCCUCUGAGGCCACAUGAGCCAUCAGAGCCCGUGGAGCUGCCUGCUACCCUUCCAUUCAGUGGACUUGACGCAGGUGGGUGGGAUGAUGAACAGCUGAAGCGCUCUCCCAUCCCACUUCUGUUUCUUUACCUCCCUCAGGCAACAGAACAUCCCCCAACCCUGUCCAUCCCUGACGCCUGUCCCCAAGGGAGGCAUUUGUGGUCCUAUCCUCAGGAGCUCCUGAGGCACUAUUCCAGUGAGGGGCAUUGUGUGAGAAGUAGGGGCAGCCCAGGUGGUCUCAAGCCCCACACUCUGUACAGACUAAGAGGCCAGUUGAUCUGCUCUGUUUUAUACUA